AUGGAUAUUCCUGUCAUCAUUCACGACAGAAGAACUCGAUCUAAAAUCCAAAUUCAAAUCAGGAUAGACGAAUCAGAUACAAUUAGAGUUGUGGAAGACAAAAUAGCGAAAGCUGCGAAAUUGAAUGCUGGUCAGCUCAGUGUGUUACUCUGUGGUAAAGUAUUAGAACAGGAUACGUCGAUUAAGGACUUAUUGCUGGGGCCUACGACUGCGUUGGUUGCGUUAGCAGUUGAGACGAUUCAAGACAAGACUGUGAAGGAUGAAUCGUUGACGCCUAGAACACCCAAUGUUGGAUCCUUUUAUGUAUAUUGCAAAACCUGUGAAGAUAUUGAACGAGGCAAGCUCAGAGUAUAUUGCUCUCUCUGUAGCUCCACAGCCGUAGUAGUUCUCAGAGAUCCUGCUGGUUGGGAUGACGUUUUGAAAAGUAAAGUUAUUGAGCUGAAGUGUGAGGACUGUGAACAGCAGAGCUUCGCGACAUUCAAAUUCAAAUGUAUCAAAUGUAGCGAGGUUUGUGCUCCGCUUAGCCAAGUCCGUGGUAAUUGGGAAAAUAGUGAAUGUUGUGUUUGUCUGGACGAUACACAGCUUUUUGUGUUCGACUUCGGAUGUAACCAUUCCAUAUGCAGACAGUGCUUUGUGGAGUAUUGCUCGACGUCUCUGGCGGAUGGGAAAUUCAGAUUUCGAUCUCCUUAUGGAUACACCUUAGGCUGUCCGUCAUUGAACUGUGAUUAUUGCCUGAGAGAUGUUCAUCAUCUAAGAGCUUUAGGAGCCGAGAAAUACAAGCAGUAUCAGAUUGUUGCUACUGAAAAGCUUAUAGCUUUAGAUGAACAAGGUUUCUUCUGUCCGUUUCCCACUUGUGGAAUGUCUUUCAUAUGGGAGAGUGAUAAUGAUGCAUUCAUUUCCUGUCCUGAGUGCUUGCGUCGAUUCUGCAGGCAAUGUAAAUCAGUUACAUGCGAAUGUCUUAAUGAAGAUGAAACUAAGCGAACGAUUGUCGCAACCACAAAAAAGUGUCCAGGAUGUCACACAGAUACCGAAAGGAAUGGAGGUUGUGCGCACAUGCAGUGUACGUCUUGUGGGUUGAAUUGGUGUUUCCGAUGUGUAAAACCAUGGAGUGACGAAUGUCAAUGGGAUCACUGGUUCGACUGA